AUGCCCGCUCUCCCAGUCAUCUUCCCCCGAUCGUCAUCAUCAACGCCAAACCCGGAGAUCGCAGUGAUCACCGAGGACACAGCAAACAUGAAGCUCGACGGCGAGCAGAGCCGUGUCGAAAACACUGAGACCGCUCAAGUCUCUGCCUCUCUGCCAUCAUCUCUCCCAGAUGAUGGCAGGCCCCCCGUCCCAGAUGACGAAACCCGUCAUCUGGCUAAGACUCCGAUCAAGCCAAGCGAGGAGGAUGAUGUCUUCGGCGCUUCAAACUCUGUUCCUGACGGCAAGGUCGCCAUGAACACUGUUGCUCGUCGAAUCAUCAACAACCUGCGUGCCCCUGUUGGGUACAAGGGUUUUACUCCGCGACCAGACCGCGUAAAUCAGGUCCCGACCGCCGCGAACGCGCAAGGUCUUUAUCCACCAACUGCACUCAUUUUUGUUGCGAACUUGUCCAAGCAUCGCUCCGAGGACCAACUCGAAAUCGCCUGCCAUCAGGCGUUCGAUGGGUAUGGCCCGAACCAUGUCAAGAUCCGCCGCGACAAAAAUCAUCAUCCCAAUGCGUUCAUCCAGUUCCAGAAGGAUGAGGACGCCAAUGCUGCGGUCGCAGGCGCGUAUGGUCUUAUCAUAGACGGGAGAAAGAUUCGGAUCGAACAGGCUAAGGCAGAGCGCGCCGUCAUCCUCAGCAAGACUGAUGGCACUAUGGUCACAGAGGCGGAAACUCGUGGCAUCCUCGAACGUUACGGUCCUCUCGAGCUCAUCGCACCGACCAAUAUGGCUAAUCGACGCCACGGUGGCUCGGGUAACGGGAUGUACGUGAGAUUCGCGUACUACCUCGACUGUCGCGACGCUCUCAAAUUCUUUCAGAAUCACACCGCAGGCUUCCAGCUUUACAUGGCACCUUCCCUCGAACCACGCAUCCGCAUCGGAGCCGACGGCGGCACUGUCAUUGGUGGUUUCACCAACCCUCGCUCGGCUAUUGACCAGAAGUCUAUCUACGUUGGAAAUCUGCCAGAGGGAACAACCCGUGCUGAUCUUGAAGAGCUUUUUGCCGAGUUUGGUAUCAUCGUCCAAGUCAACAUCAUCAAGAAGACUUAUGAGAACGAGGUCGUGAACAACUUUGCUUUCAUCGAAUUCUCCACUCCCCACGAGGCCAACCGUGCGGCUAGUGCCGAACGCUAUUUGCAGGGCAUCAAGCUUCGCGUAGAACAAAAGGAGUAUUCUGCACGUCGACCCUCUCGUUUUUCCAUGGCUCCAACCGCGCAGGUCGGAGCGCAGAACAAUGGUUCAAGACACACCUAUGGUGAACGCAACACCGGCUAUCCAGUGCAGCAAGCCAACAUGAAUUACAAUAUUGGUGGAACUCCAAGAGUCUACGACCGCGUCCAGGGUCCCGCAGCUGGUGUCCAAGGUAUGCCUGUCCACCAAAUGACUCCCCCUUCCACCAUCCAGUACAAUCAUCAGGGAAUACCACAACCCAUGUAUGGCACUCCGCAACAGCAAGCAUCUGCGUACGGCUUUGGCACAAUGACGCCACCAAGCUACAGCAACAUGAGCCACAUGCUUCCAGCUGGAAUCUUCUCUCCUACACCGAACCACAUGGAUCAGAAUCAGCACCAACAUGGCUUCGCUGGUCCUGCCGGCACUCCUGUCUACCAGUCUCCAGGUGUCUACGUUGGCCAUUCUAUCCCGACUAUUCAAGAGACCUACGAAGAGGGAGAAUAUUAG